UCUUCUUCCACUCGCGUAGAAGCAAGUCUUCACCGUCGCGUCGUCCACCAUUUGCGUGCCUGAUUAAUCCUCUCGUCAUCUCACCUCACCCUCCUCCCCCGCGUCCGCAACCCACCACCAUAUAGCCGCCACACUCCCCUCGUGUCCUCCCCAACUUGGGCGAUCUUGGUCGCCGUCGUCGUCGUCGUCGUCGUCGUCGUGGAGGCGGUUCUUGGCGGAGGAGGAGUCACACAGGAGUGGGUGAGAGAGGGGGUACAUGAGGAGGUGGGGUGAGGGGGGAGGGAGGAGGAAAGCUGGGGAAGGAGUUGGGCUUGCUGGGGUGCGUCAAUGAGGUGGUGGCGGCGGUGGCGGCGUCGUGGGGCGCGAUGAGCGACGGGGCGCGCGUGGAGGCGGCGCCGCGGCUCGCGCAAUGGCGCGUCGACGUGCUCCCCUGCUACACCUACCGCAAGUCCGAGCCCUUCCGCAUCGGCCUCUGGAACUGGUACCUAUCUGUGGAGAGAAAUAACAAGCAAACUUGUGUUAAGGUCUUUGCGGAGUUAUCGAAUUCUGCCAAGAAUACAACCCCAGCCCCUAUUGCUUCCUUCAUCACAAAACUUCUCAUAUCUUUUCCUCCAAAUCAGAAGACCAUAGUUCAUCCAGGAAUUUUUGACAAGCCGCUGAAACACGAAGGUUUUGUGUGGGCAAUUGAUAGUACUGUUACAGGAAGAUUUGUGAUUGAGAUAGAGUUUCUUGACCUGAAAAUUGCAGAUCCAUCUGGUGGUGAACCAGCCUCAAUUUGGGCUUCCCACCAAAUCAAGAAAUCUUCAGACAACACUGCACUGUCAUCCUUGGCGAGAAUGCUGCAAGAAGGCAUCCUCACCGACAUCACAAUCAACGCUACCGACGGCAGCAUUAUGGCCCACCGUGCAAUCCUGGCCAGCCGUUCCCCUGUCUUCAGGAGCAUGUUCUCGCACGACCUCAAGGAGAAAGAACUCUCAACAGUUGACAUCUCUGACAUGUCCCUUGAAGCAUGCCAGGCCUUCCUCAACUACAUUUAUGGUGACCUACGCAGCGAAGAGUUCCUCACCCACAGGUUAGCUCUUCUCAGAGCUGCCGAUAAGUAUGACAUCUCUGAUCUUAAGGAGGCAUGCCAUGAGAGCCUGUUAGAGGACAUCGACACGAAGAAUGUGCUCGAGAGGCUUCAGAUGGCGCACUUGUACCGAUUGCAAAAGCUCAAGGAUGGCUGCUUGAGAUUUCUGGUAGAUUUCAGAAAGGUGUAUGAAAUGCAUGACGAUUUCAAGGUGUUCCUCCAGACAGCAGACAGGGAUAUCAUAGCUGAAAUCUUCCAAGGUAUUCUUACAACAUGGAGUGGGCGAUAAGCAUGUUUAUACGGUAUAUCUGGUUUGGUUCAGAAGCAUUCUUUCCAGAAUUGUUGCUGGUAAAGCAUGUAAAUAUAUAGUACUACAUUUUACAUGCCAUCAAAUUGGCUCUAAAUUUAAUGUAUAUAUACCUUGAUUGGAUUUUGUACAUAUCAUAUAUGUAAAUCUAAUUCUUGUAUCCGACUCCACGUAUUGUAACAAUUCUGCUGAUCUGGAAGAAAAUAUUACUUCAGAUUUCCAUUUUGUAAUGCA